AUGAAGUUAAACGAACGAAUUGAUUCUGAGUUUUUUGGUUCAGCUUGUCGAUAUAGAUUAGCACGUUUGCCAAUUAAUACACAAAAUAUCCUUAAAUCAUCGUUUAUCAAAUUUUUAACUAAAAUUAUUUCUUACAUUGACUCUUACUUUGAUCAAAAUAAUGUAUUUUAUCGUACAAUUAGUUAUUUCGGUCAAGAAAAUGUCGAAGCUUUAACAUGGAAUCAAGUUGUUGAAUGUGUUGAAAUGAUACAUAUCAAGGAUCUGGAUGAGGAUCGCUUAUUUGAUGAAUUUACAAACUUAAAAUCAACAUUACGAACACUUUUAGAUCAACCUAUUCCUUUAUUUGAUCAAGUUAAAGCAUUUAUAACCAAGCAGAAUAACUUAGUAACAACAGAUGCUGGUGAUGAAGAAAAGGAAAAUGAGGAUGAGGAUGACGAUACUCAUUUAACAGAGAGUAAGAUUGUAAGAUCCGAUCAACUCUGGAUGUUAUUACUUUCUCUUACUCCAUCACCAAAUUUUAAAAAACUCUUAUGUUUUUUGUUUUCAUUACCUUGCAGUAAUGCUUACGUUGAAUCUGUAUUUUCACAAAUGAAACAUUUAGUAAAUGACAAGCGGAAUUGUAUGACAACUGAACUAGUAUCAGCUGAACUAAAAAUACGUCUGAAUGCUACUUUACAAUGCGCUGAUAUGUACAAGUAUAUAUUAUCGAACCAGGAUAUAUUGAAAGCUAUUAGAUCAGAUGAAAAAUAUACGUUUAAAAAGAAAAAUGUUCAGUAA